AGGGACUCUGUUCUUGAAAGUGCUUUUAGAGCAUUCAAAAGACAAAGAUUUUCUCCUUGGCAUAGGCUCAAUGUUACCUUUGUCGACACUGCCGGGGUAACAGAGGGAGCUGUGGAUGACGGGGGGCCAACUAGGGAGUUCCUUCGCCUGCUAUUCACAGAAAUAAAAGACAGCUCUUUUUUUAAUGGCCCCGACUACAACAAGAAUCUGUCCUUGGUGUCUCGGAGUGUAGAUAACGGCGACUACAGGAAUCUGGGACAGAUGAUAAGUGUGGCCCUUGCCCAUGGAGGAAUCAAGCCCUUAUUUUUUUCCCGGCGAUUAUACCACAGCAUAGCCAGUCGUCCAACACCCCCAGUCACUCUUGAAGAAGUGGAUGACAGAGAACUGCAGGAGCAACUGCAAAGGGUAAUAACUGCAGAAACUCUGGCAGAAGCACGGGAUGCCAUAAUGGAGGCUUCAAGUUCUCUUUGUCUUCUUGGCUGUUCUGCGGGUCUCCGAAGUCUGGAUGAAAAGGAGUACUUUACACAACAAGCUCUAAGGGCAUAUGUCGAAGGAAGGACACAGAAAGCUUUGGAGCAAUUUGUGGAUGGGAUGAAUGCCAUGGGCCUUGCUGAAAAAAUAAGAAGCCACAUAGAGGAACUGGAACCACUAUUUGUGGGUGGACCCAAAGCCCUUCAGCUCCAGGACCUCCUGGAUCUUUUCAGUGUAUCUUUUGCUGAACCAGGAAGCAACAGGCGCAGAGCACAGAACCAAACAGUCAUGUUUUGGAAUGACUGGCUGAUUGAGGUGGAUGAGGGAACGCGACCAGUGACACUGGAACAAAUAUUAGUGUUUGUUUCAGGAUUGAACUCAAUCCCCCCACUUGGGUUUCCCCGACGUCCAAUCAUUGAGUUUCUUCAAUGUGAUGAUGGCAGUAGAAAACUGUAUCCAGAGGCGAACACCUGUGAGGUCACUCUGCGCCUCCCCAUCCACCAGACCUAUGACAGCUUUGUGCACUACAUGGAGUCUGGAGUGAUACAGGCUCCAACGUUUGGAUUCCUUUAGAAUCCAACUUGAUUUUUUUUGUUUUGUUGUUGUUCUAGUGUGUGAGGUCAAAGGUUAGUUUUAUUGACAUCAGUUUAAGUUUGCGAUAUAAAAUAAAAUAAUGCAUUUUCAGUUAAAAUGAAAAAAAGUUAUUUUCAUG